AGGGUGGACCCUCUAGCAUCCAACCCUCAACCCGCCACUGGACAUGAGUUCGCGAGAUCUGCCCUUCCAGUACAACAUUCGGAAGCGCCUUUAUCUUCACCACGUCAUGUCUCCAUAUACGGUGAAGAUAGGGCCAAUAUUGACAGCCACCUUGCAAGCCUCUCGCCGACUAUUGUUCUGAAAGCUUUGAACAUUUUCACGAACAAGUUCCCUGAGCUAGGAAUUCUCCAUCUGCCCAGUUUUAUGCAAGAGUUCCAAACUUCAUGCCAUAAUGAUACCAAAACGUUACUGGCAGCUAUUCUGUCCGUGACUCAAUGUUAUUACUCUCGCUCUAGCUUCACUGGCCUGGAAACAUUAUUGUCAAGGGAUCAAUAUGCGUCCUAUGCACGGGAAAUGCUGUCACAGAGUUCAUUUCAAGCCCCAAAGCUUCAAGUCGCCCAAGCUCUUCUUGUUAUGGGACUCUUUGAAUGGGGUUCACGCGAAUUUCAUCGAGCCUGGAUCUACUGUGGAAUUGCAAUUCGAAUCAUGCAGGCAAUUAAUAGCCUUCAGAUUGCUCCAUAUCCAGCUGAUCCGCUAGCCUCUGGCAGUCAAGAUACGAGCCAAGACGCCAUUACCACGGCAGUUCAAAAUCGAACUAUGUGGGCAUGCUUUAUCAUGGAACGAUUAAUUAGUUCAGGGACGUAUAACCCACCAAUGCUUCCGCUGUCGGAAAUGGAAAAGAUCAAAGUACUUCGUCCAUUCUCUGCUGUCGAGUUUGCUUUCGGUACAGAUCCGGCAUCACAAAGGAGCAGCAUGGAGCAAAGCCUGGCCACUUUGCCAAAUAGGAACUCCAACCUCUUGGACAUUACUCAGGCAUUUGAGGUCUUGGUCGCAGGAUUCGAUAUUUGGACACACGUCAUGACAUUUGUGCUCAAUGACGGACGGCGAGCGCCGGAAAUGUGUGCACCCAGAAAUUGCCCUUGGGUGCCUGGGUCACCCUGGUCAAAUACCAGGAGCCGACUCGAGGCAUGGCGGGCAAAUCAACAUCACAGGCUUCACUACCCGGAGAAUUCUGUUGUGGCUCACAUAGCUCUUGCGUAUGGGGAGUCUUUCACAUACAUCAAUUUGAUAUAUUACCUUAGCACUCUUAUGCUUCACCGCGAAUAUUUCCCGUUUUUGCCAACGUCAGAGACUAUUCCCAGGGGCCCAGUUGAUCACCCUCAGCUGCAAGCAGAGGCCCCUCCCGGUUGGUGGGAUGCAAGUGCACUCGAAAUGUUUAGUGCAACCGAACAUAUUGCUCGAAUCCUACAUGAGUCUUCCGAGUGCGGCGCGGAAAUGUUAACGCCAUUCGUUGGAUUUUGCGCCUUUUCUGCUGCAUACAUGAACCUAUAUGUCUCUCAUUUUCCUCAGAUGAAUUUGGGUCGCAGUCCUCGCGCAGAAGAAAAUUUGAACUACUGCCUUACAUACCUGGAAGGAUUCCGACAAGAAUGGAAGCUCGGGGAAAGCUGGAUGACCACCAUCAAGCAUGCAUCUCUUCUUUACCAGCGAGCCAGCUCUGAUAAAGCGCGAUACCAAGGAAAGUCCAGAAAGGACUUUGAUAUCUUGCAUCAAUCCAUCCAUGAGUUCCGAGUCGUGGACAGGUCACAUCAAUACAUUCAGGAGAUUGAAGGGGCGGAGCGUGGCACAGGUCCCUUGGCAUCUGAAGAUACCCCGGCGACAACUGCUGCUUCAGAAUCACUAGAUCUCGACGCCCCACUUAACGAUUUACUGAAUGAGGUCAGCACAUAUGCCCACGAGCAGGGCAUGUGGUCUCAUUGGUGGCCUUCGUUGGAAGAGAUGAAUCUUGCGCUGUUCUCUGAUAAUGUAUCAUGA